AUAUACGCAGCCUGAAAGUAUUCUGGAUCUGUCAGUGCGUCUGCCGGUGCUCAGCAAUUUUCACGACUUUCCCGAGGUUUUCCUGUACCAGAGACUGCUAAAUGGAGGCGAAUGGAGCACCUACUGACCAUCUUCAUAGAAGAUGGACCCAUAUCCGACGAAUUCUGGAAGUUAGUGGGCCAUUUUGUCACCCCAAUUUCACAGCUUCGGACUCGACGCUGGAGUUCAUCAUGAAUUCCUGCAAAAUCCUGGUUAUCGGCGCCGGUGGAUUGGGAUGUGAAUUGCUAAAGGAUCUCGCCCUGAUGGGCUUUCGGAAUAUCGAUGUGAUUGACAUGGACACGAUUGACCUGUCGAAUCUCAACAGGCAGUUUCUCUUUCGUCGGAAGGACAUCGGAAGCUCCAAGGCGAACUGCGCUGCUGCCUUUAUCAACUCACGAAUCCCUGGGUCCAAUGUCACGGCACACUUUAGCAAGAUUCAGGACUUCGAUGAGUCCUUCUACAGGCAGUUUCACAUUGUUGUCUGCGGACUUGACUCUGUGGUGGCCAGAAGAUGGAUCAACGGGAUGCUGCUAUCGAUGCUGGUGUACGAGGAUGACGGCAGUGUGGACCAGUCAUCGAUCAUCCCCAUGAUUGAUGGAGGAACUGAGGGAUUCAAGGGCAACGCUAGGGUCAUUCUUCCCGGAAUCACAGCCUGCAUUGAGUGUACGCUGGAUUUGUACCCUCCUCAAGUGACUUAUCCACUCUGCACCAUCGCCAACACGCCCAGGCUGCCCGAGCACUGCAUUGAGUAUGUGAAGAUUAUUCAAUGGGGCAAGGAGAACCCCUUUCAAGGCGCUGCUCUGGACGGAGAUGAUCCCCAGCAUGUUUCUUGGGUGUAUGAGAAGGCCCAGGAGCGAGCAAAUUCGUACAGCAUCACGGGAUUAUCUUAUCGCCUCGUUCAGGGCGUUCUGAAGAACAUCAUUCCUGCUGUGGCGAGCACAAAUGCUGUGAUAGCAGCUGCUUGUGCCACUGAGGUGUUUAAAAUCGCCACCAGUUGCUACGAGCCCUUGUCCAACUACGCAGUGUUCAACGAUUCAGACGGAAUUUACACGUAUUCCUACGAAGCAGAGCGCAAGGACGAUUGCCUGGCCUGUAGUCAGAUUCCGCGGGCUGUUCCCGUAGACGAUCCUGCCACAAUGACUCUACAGGACCUUAUCGAUUUCCUCUGCGAUAGCCCUGAGUUCCAGAUGAAAAAUCCCGGACUUACGGCCACGGUGGACGGCAAGAAUCGCACUCUCUACAUGUCCACCGUGCGGAGCAUUGAGGAGAGAACCAGGUGCAACCUCACACUCUCACUGUCGGAGUUGGGACUCCACGAUGGUCACGAGCUGAUGGUGGCCGAUCUCACGAAUCCCAUCGCAGUCACGAUCAAGCUGAAGUUCGCGGACAAGGAGGCGGAAAUGCUGUAAAAUAUU